UGCCAGAGUGUCAGUGUUACCGUGAGCAAAAAUUAAACGUCAAAGUUUUUCGACCUCGCUGGAUUUUCUUUCUGUGAUAUAAAAUCCGUAGUUCUAAUGUUUUUUGAUAAAGUUGCAAUGUGGCCUUAAAAACUGAGAAUUCUUUAUUUAGAAUAUUGUUUUAGAAUGUGUGUUGUGUGUGAUUUAGAGGCAGUGGUGUUGUCUUAUCGCGUGCGGGUGCAUUAGUGUCAUUGAGAGAUCACGAUGCGUAUCGGUUUUGUGUUAUAUUGGUGCGUAUUUGCUUUUCAUCUGUGCAAAGCGGAUGAUGUGGAAAGGACAGAGACUCGUGAUGGCGGGAGAAGACAUCAGUGGGGCCCCGGGGCCCGGAGCGGCUCGUUUGUGAGCGAUUCUGGGGUGCAGGCAUCAAAUGAACAUAUUUUAUCACUAAUGCAGGAUCAAGUUCUGCUCGAGGCGUGCAACAACGAGCCGGCAUGCCUCCAAGACCGUGUCGGACUCGAGGCCAUCACGCAGCUGCACCGGCAGCUCGACGACGACGCCAACGGGAACGUCGACCUUAGCGAGAGUGAUGAUUUCUUGCGCGAAGAGUUGCAGUAUGACAGCGGGUAUGAGAAGCGGCAGAGGGCGUUCCACCACAACGAUGACAUGCAUAUAUCCGUCAAGGAGCUCUGGGAAGCGUGGUUACGCUCUGAGGUGCACAACUGGACGGUGGAGCAGACAGUGGAGUGGCUGUCGCAGUCGGUGGACCUGCCGCAGUACAAGACCAUCUUCCUGCAACACAAAGUCACCGGUGCCACAUUGCCUAGACUGGCUGUGAACAAUAUGCAGUACCUGAGCAACGUGCUGGGCAUCAAGGACCCAAUCCACAAGCAGAAGCUGGCCCUCAAGGCCAUGGACGUGGUGCUCUUUGGACCCCCUAAAGAAGGCAGCAGAUGGAAGGACUGGCUGCUGGUGUCGUUGCUGCUCGGCGCGUUGUUUGGGGGGUGGGCGGCGCUGCGGGCCGGCCGCGCGUCCCGGGAUCAACUCAAGCGCAUGCUCCGUGACAUGGAGCAGCUGCGCAAAGCCGAGAUGGCGCUCGAUGACAUGCAGAAGGAGCUAGAGAAGGCGCGAAUCGAACAGGAAAGCGCAACUACAGAGAAGAAGAAUCUAGAAAAAAGGUUACGGGAGGCUGGCGACACUCCCCUCCUCAACUCCACCUCUUCUGAUUUGGAGGUGACACAGCUCAAAACUGAAAUUGAGAGGCUGCGCGCAGAGCUACGGCGGGCGGAAGGCGAGCUGGAAGACCGGUGCUGGGCCCCGCCGCCGGGGCUGCAACAGUGGUUGCAGCUCACACACGAGGUGGAGAACCGCUCCUACCUCCGCAAGAAGCAUCAGGCUGAGAUGCAGCUGCAAGUCGCCAGGGAAGCUUGCGAGAAGCUACGCAAGAAGCGGUCGAGCCUGGUGGGCGCGUUCGUGUCCACCCACGGCAAGUCCAUAGACGACGUGGACCGGUCCAUAGUGGAGGCCCGCACUGCGCUCAACGAGGUCACGCAGGAACUACAGGAGCGCAUGCACAGGUGGAAGCAGAUCGAGCGCAUGUGCGGGUUCAACAUUAUCAACAACAACGGGCUGCAGUACCUCGAGAGUGCGCUCUACAGGAACGUCAACGGUCGCGCGCCGGGCAGCAGAGUGCGCAUGAGCAGCUCUCAGGACGACCUGAGCGUGGGCGACGACGCGUCGGUGUGCGGCUCGGUGGCGGACAACUUCUGUUGGCGCGAAGACUCUUCAGGCAGCGAAGCGGACGCUCCGCAUUACCCGCUAGACUUGAGACUCGCCGAGGCCAGGCUUCAACUAGAAGAGCGCUUAGCAGCGGAGGCCCGGGAGCGGCGCCACAACACGUCGACGGCGGGCGACGACAAGCGAGCGGACGACAUACGCCUCAAGGCGUUCAACGACGUCCGCCGCAGCCCUGUGGUCGACGAGCGUCGGCGAGACAACGUGCACUUCGUGUUAGGAGGAGAUAACGUGAACUGGACAGGCGAGGACUUGUCCCGCGCGUCGCACUCGCAGCCGCUGCUGCGCGCCUCCAUGCGCAGCGUGGCGGGGCUGGGGGGCGGGGGGAGCGGCGCCCCGCUGCCGCCGCCGCGCCGCCCGCUGCCGCAGGGGCAGAUCGUGCGCAGCCGCAGCACAGACAUCGUGCGCGCUAUACAGGACCCAACUGACCCAAGACCGCCGCCCAGGAAUCCUUUUACUAAGCAACGGUCCGUUUUGGCUGAAGAAGACAGCCACGACGCGCCAACGCCGUCGAGCAUCACGCCGCCCGAGGAGGAGUCGACGGAUUCAUCCCUGGUGGAGGAUGAGGGUGCGCCCAAGCCGCGGCGGCGGCGCCUGCAGCUGCCGUUCGGCAAGAAGAGCAAGACGGCCGCGUGACCCGCCCCGCUCCUGCCUCGCGCAACGAGCCUAUUUUCACGGUAUACUACACGUAUGUUUUAGUUCGUUGGUGUAACUUGGCGAGUGCUUCGAGGCGUUUUCAUAACAUAAAUAAGCUCGCGACUAUAUCUCUACUGAAGUAGUCAAAGGUACAUCCAUCGUAAGAUGAACUAAGCACCCACACCUCACUUAGCUUUCUGUUAGACUAACGUGAUAGAUAGGUGGUGAUUCAUAAUGGUCGAGCCAACUGUGUUAUAAAAUGAUAAGAGCGUUUUCGAAUAUUAAAACGUGCCAAAUACAAGUUUAGAGGGUCUAAAGGGAGAGGUUCACAUUGGGAAUUUCAUCCAAAAAUAAAUAUUUACUAUAUGCACACUGUUAAAUAACAAUCUCUUUUCUUAGAUGUAAUGAUCAGUGGCAUUUUUAUUUUACUGCACAGACGAUUUCGUGCAGUAAAACAGCUGUUUCUAAGGAUAAA